AUGCAUUUCCUUCUCACAGUCCUUAUAUUCCAUAUUACUGAGUCCGUCUUAGUCAAACCAAAUAUAACUGUUAUUUAAAGAUAUAGAGAAUAAAUAGAAAUGAAUUGAAAGAAUCACAGAAAAUCAGAAAGAAAGGGGAAGGAUUAACGGUAGGAUUUUCGCGAGGGGGUGGUGAUCGUUGGCUAUCUGUGACACUGACGGAGCUGGUCACUUCAACAAUCUGGUUAAGAGAGCAGUAGUUCUCUUCUCUCUGCUCGACAGACGGACGGAACAGAGAAGAAGAGUAGGUGUUUAAACCGGCUGCUUUACUGGAUUACUUUAUCAGUCAGUCUCAACUAGUGAUGGAGUUAUAAUAAUGCAUUCUGAAGGGAAAGAUAAUCUUGAAAAGACAUCUUUAAAAGAUGCUGUUAGCAUAGAAGAAGGGGAUAGCGAGGUGAAACCCGAGAAAACAUUUCGUCAAAAGUUAUCAGAGAUCCUACAAAGCAAUAAGGUGCAGUACACGAUUAUAUUUUUUGUGGUCAUUGAUGGUCUUAUAGUCAUUCUUGAACUGCUUAUUGACUUGGACAUCAUUAAACUUUCAGAUAAGCCACCUGGUUAUGUAGAAUCCCAUGAAGUGGAAUCACAUGGGAGUCCCCAUGACUCUCAAGACUCAACUACUCUCCACUCUAUAUUAUCCAACGAAGAUGAUUACAAUGAAGACCACCAGGUGGUGUAUCACAGAGGACAUCAUAAUGCGGCUCUGGUGAAAAAACACGGCCGACAUCAUAACUAUCACGAUGAACAUUCUAUGGUCACUCAAGCUAUUACAACUUUGAGUCAAAUCUUGCUAAAUAGUACGAGUGACUAUGAAGAGGAGGACAACCACAGCAUCUCUCAUGGUCAUGGAGAGGAUCAUGGUCAUGGAGGAGGGCACCAUGGCCAUUCCGACAAAGAAAUUGCAGAACAUACCCUCCAUUAUGCUAGCCUUGCUAUCCUGUGUAUCUUUCUUGUUGAGGUCAUAUGUAAAGUUAUAGCUGAAGGAACUCACCUAUUGAAGCAUAAAGCGGAAGUACUUGAUGCCAUCGUUGUUGUUGUGUCUUUUACACUGGAUAUUGUCUUCUCCUUUGUUGAUGUUGCCCAAGCAGCCAAAGAUGCCGCUGGUUUGAUGGUUAUGUUAAGAUUAUGGCGCAUCACUCGAAUUAUCAAUGGUGUGAUCAUUUCAGUACAAAUGGAAGCAGAAAAGAAGAUUCAUAAAGUAGAAAAAUUAUUACAUGCUGCCGAGAAUGAGAAUGAGUAUUUACGAGAAGAAAUCACCAAAUUAAAGGAAGAAUUAGAAUCAGUUCGAAAAAAGCAGAAAAAGGACGAUGGCAAAUCAAUUGAAAGUGUAUCCCAAAAGACGGAUGAUGAUUUAAUGGAUAUUCUUAUGGGCUGGGACAGUCCACACUUCUUAAACAGCAAUUCUGGAAAAACAGUUCUUACUCCUUCAACAGCUACAACAACAACAUUGUCAUCACCAACAACACAAACCUCUUUGAAAGAACAUAAAAGCACAACCUCAAAUACACAGAACAGCAGUAAAUCAAUGUUUGUGGUCUUUGAUGAUCUAAAUAAGUCUGAAACUGAUUCUAACACUGGCACUUCAAGAACCAAUGAGUGUUUGGGUCCCAGACCACCAGUGUUUAUUGUACCCACCCAAAUAAUUGAACAUGGUAGCCCAAAACACUCAUGUAGUAACAGUGGUUCCCAGCUUGGGGAUCAUUCUCAACAAAAGCUUAAUUUUAAACCAUCUCUCCAUGCACCAAUACCAAAUACUACUGAAGAAGUGCUUGCAGUUCCAUUUAAUUCUUUGCCUGAAUCCACUAGUAGGAAACAAACACCACUUUCCCCAGUUCAAAAUAAUUCUCCUUUGGAUAUCUCCGGAAGUAAAUCCCCUCCAAAUGUUCCGAGGCAGCAGACUUUAGAAAAGCCAUCUUCAAAAACAUCUUCUGUUGAUCCAUCUUCCAUUGACCAACAUAGAAAGCAAAGUAUAUCAUCUACAAUGGUGACUGAACCAGAAUGCAAAGAUGGGAACUUAGACAAACCAGAAAAUCUACAAAAUGAAAUUCCUCCAGCAAUUAAAACCAGUCGAAGAAGUCCAACAGACAAAGAUGAAAUAAUUGAACCAAAAUCACCCUAUCAAAUGAACUCUGGUUAUGUGGAAUCUCAAAAUAGACCAGCUGCAAUUAUUUUACCACCUAUUAAUGUAAAUUCCAGAAAAAAAAGUGGCCAAACAUCCAACUACAUUGCCUUGAAAUCUCCUCGACAAAGAAGCCCUGUGGGUUCAGAAAAUGCAUUUUCUGGUGUUGAUAAUACCGAACGCAGAAAAAGUUUUAUAGAAGAUAAAAUGUUUGAUUCACCAACUCAGAAAGACCCUGGAGCUCCGAGAUAAUGUAUUACAUCAGAAAAUAUCAUUGAAAUAUUCAGAUAUCAUCUUUACUAAAAAUAACUUUUUUUAAGAAUUUUUAGUUUAGGAAAAUAACACAUCAGAUAAUUAAUAAGAGACAAUUUUGUAAAUAAGAUAUAUUUUUUCUCGUAAGAAAUGAUGUACCUUUAUUGUUCUUCCAGAUAUGUUAAUUCAAAAAGGUACUUGAAAAAGGGUUUAAUCUUUACUAUGCCACCUACUGUAGAUCUGAACAGUACACAUGGUACCAUCAAAGUAUUUCUGUUUUUAUGAAUAUCAAUAUUGCAUCUAGAGAUAAAUAGGUGCUUUGUCAAUAAAAAAAUGUACAAGAAUAUAAAGAAUACUUAAAUGAAUUUCAUACUGCAAGCAGUGGUUAUUUUUGUGUUCCAUAAAGUAGAGUAGUAGAAAUGUCAGAUAAAAUUCUUUAUAGGACAGUUAUAUCUCUGUUUCUGAGAUCAAAUUCCAACGGGAUCAACACCACCCUUGUUAAUUAAAUAAGUACUAGUGUAGACAUAAAGCUAGGUUAAUUAAAAAUUAACUAUACCCCACUAGUUUCCAAAACUACUUGUGACCUUGUGCUUAAAAUUAAGUUAAUUACAAUAAGACAUGGUCUUGGAUCUAUGUAAGAAAUUAUUUUGGCAACGAUAAAAGACCUAUUUUAUAUAUACAAAUAAGUCUAUAACCAACCAAAUUAAUUAUUCUAACAAAUUAACAUGUUAGGGAGUAAAAUAAUUGCGCAAUAUUUAAAUGAUUGGUUAUUCACAAGAUUUGAUUGCUGUUUUGGUUAACCCCCAAACAGCACAUAAGAUUUGAACUUAGCAUUGGAAACAGAAGAUUCUUUUCAUCAAUAGUGCUUCUAUUUCUAACAAUAUCACACUGUAACCCCUGACAAUAUCCAUUUACAGCUAUAGAAAUUAAGCUAUUGAAGUUUUGUUUUUAUGAAGAACAUAGCACAUUGCCAGUGCUGAGAAAUGAACUGUUGACCUCCCAAUCACCAGGCCAGAACCUUAAACACUUGGUCAGCUUCUUCAAUCAUUAAAUAACUAUAGGAAUACUAUUUUCUCCAAUUCAACACAAUUCUCCUUUGGAUAUCUCCAGAUAUUCCUAGUAAGUAGAUAUUGGAAAAAAACACCUUUUAAUCUUAAUAUUAAUAGACAAUUGUAGAUUUAAUUAAAUGUGUGGCUUCAUAAAAUAAUUGUCUCAAAGUAUUUUUUCUCUGAUCCUAAGGAUUUUUUUGUUUUCUCUUUGUUAAGAAAAAGCAGAUUCCCACCUUAUCACUUUUCAUUUAAUAUUUUCUUUUAUAAUGAUAAAAAAAAGUAUUUGUAUGUUGUCUUAAUUCCCAUGAUUUAUUCUCAACUCUAUUGUUCAGGAUCUUAUGUCCUAAUAUGAAAGUUUGUAUUAUUCCUAUAUUUUGUAUAUAUUUACUAUUGCCAAAGUGGUUACAGAUAUUUUGAUAAUUGGAAGGUUAUUUGGAAAAUGAAUCGUUUUUAUAUUAAGUCACAUCUUUUUCUGAUAUGUAAAAUUUCUCAUGUUAUUUAGACUUGUUAAUGAUGGGUGAGUUAUCAUGCAUUGUGUAACUCCGGAAGAUCUGUUUAGUUUUAUCUAGUUUGGUGCCUAAUCUUUCAGAGUGUCAGUCUCCUCCUCCCCAGGGUCACCUUUGCUAUUCACUUUUCUGGGGAUGAUAAAAUACAGUAAAAUACUGAUAAUGAUUCCAUAACAUUGAUAUUGUACCUAAUUAAAAGAGAUCAGUAUUUAGAAGUAUAACUUGACAUGUUUAAUAAGUUAUAAUUGAAUAUUUUCUCAUUACUAUCUUGCCAUUUACUCCUACCAAGAAAUUAUACUUUGUCAUUAAUAUGAUGUGCAUUUUAGACUCAUUUAUUAAAUAUACAUCAGUACAGUUUCUCAUAAGGUAUACCAAAUCCCUUUGAAAAGCCAUGUUAUUAACCAAUUUAUCUCUUGCAUAGAAUAUGCUUCUAGUUAUCAGGAUUUCAUUGAGUUACCUAUAUAAAAUUCAUGAUAAAUUUUGAAGAAACUUUUUAUCUACGUUGUGAUAGAAUCAGAAAAGAUUAAAUUUUCAGAUGUGUGAAUUCUGUGAUCAUAAACAAAUUUCACUUUAAUAAAUUUGUUUACUUUUUCUUUUGAAGUUGUUUACGUUGAAUAAAAUGUUAUUCUUA